AGCAGAUAGAGGGGAGAAGGAGGAGGAAGGACAGCAGAAUAAAGAAGGACAGACGACUAGAUAACUGGGUUCAUUAAUUGGACACAGAUGGAGUCUGAAGAGAAUCUGCUGAACGUUUUUCUUCUGCUGCUUAUGGGAUCAACCUUAACUGUGGUGGGUCCUUCUGUUCCUGAGGAUGGCUGGCAGGUGUACAGUUCGGCUCAGGACUCUGAAGGCCGAUGUGUUUGUACAGUGGUCGCUCCCCAGCAGACUGUCUGCUCCAGAGACGCCAGAACCAAGCAGCUUAGACAGCUGCUGGAGAAGGUUCAGAAUAUGAGUCAGUCCAUCAAUGUCCUGGACCAGAGGACUCAGAGAGAUCUGCAGUUUUUGGAGAAAAUGGAAGUUCAGCUAAAGGGUCUGGAAAACAAAUUCAAACAAGUGGAAAACGGACACGAAAGCAACAUCGCCAGACAGUACAAGUCCAUCAAAGCAAAAAUGGAAGAGUUACGUCCUCUGAUCUUGGUCCUGGAGGCCUACAAGGAGGACGCUCUGCUGGUCCGACAGUUUAAGGAGGAGGUGGCCAAUGUGACAGAGUUACUGGGAUCACUGCAGGAAAAACUGGGAAGUCUGGACUACCAGGAACUCCACAGUCGAGUGAUGGACCUGGAGGACCGGCUUAGGGCCUGCAUGCAGAGGCUGGCCUGUGGGAAGCUGACAGGAAUCUCUGAGCCAAUCACUAUCAAGACAUCUGGAUCGAGGUUUGGAUCGUGGAUGACGGACCCGCUCGCCCCGGCUGGAGACAGCAGAGUAUGGUACAUGGAUGGUUACCACAACAAUCGCUUUGUUCGGGAGUAUCAGUCAAUGAAAGACUUCAUAACUGCAGAUAAUUUCACCUCUCAUCGCCUGCCUCACCCCUGGUCUGGUACCGGCCAGGUCGUUUAUAACGGAUCCAUUUACUUCAACAAAUUUCAGAGUCACACAAUCAUCAAGUUCGACUUCAGCACGUCCCUUAUCAGCCGCUCACGCCAACUGGACUUUGCCGGCUACAAUAACAUGUACCAUUACGCCUGGGGGGGACACUCAGACAUCGACCUCAUGGUGGACGAGGGAGGGCUAUGGGCCGUUUAUGCCACCAAUCAGAACGCUGGAAACAUUGUUCUCAGCCAGUUAAAUCCAAACACUCUUCAGAUCAUCCACAGCUGGACCACCAACCACCCGAAACGCAGCGCCGGCGAGGCAUUCAUGAUCUGUGGAACUCUGUAUGUUACUAACGGCUACUCAGGUGGAACAAAAGUGUACUACGCCUACUCCACUAAUUCCUCCACCUAUGAGUACAUUGACAUUCCUCUGACCAAUAAAUACAGCCACCUGUCCAUGCUGGACUACAACCCUCGAGACAGAGCGCUGUACGCCUGGAACAAUGGCCACCAAGUCCUCUACAAUGUGACUCUCUACCACAUCAUCCAGUAACACCAACGUAGGAGAGGAGUACGAUCAUGAAAUAUAAAGAUAUAGUUUACAAAAAUCCUCACAGGCUCUUGUACAAAGUCAUUGGGUCCUAUCCGUGUUCCUGGGACAGAGAAGUAUAUUGGCCUAGCUUAGCAUAAACUCACAGGCAAAGAAAAUCCACCUUCUAUUGAAAUCAGGUGUGACCGUUGCAUGUUGUUAGUGAACCAGUCCAUCCUGUAAUCAGCUGCUUUAUUUUACUGCUAAUCCUGCUAAAACGCCUAUGUUUUGAUUAGACAUUUUAAUUUUACACCUGUAAAAUGUACCAACAUGGACAUAAUACCACGAGAUAUUUGCUUGUGUGGAGCCGGGCUAGUAGUUUCCCUACACUUCCAGUCUUUGUGCUAAGCUAUGCUAAACCUCACCAGGGCCUAUCUCCUUACUGGAGCAUCUCCAAAGUUUUGGACUGUUAACUUCUAUAUUAAGUUUGAGUUUUUGCAUGAAAUCAAGGUCACCUGUUUUGGUUAAUGACCACAUUUUUUACAAAAGCUUUUGAAAAUAAAACACUAAUCACAAAGAAAUUGUCUUUUACAAGAACAGACAGUGAAAUGUUGAAAUCUUAUCAUUUUGGAUACUAUAGAUGAGACUUUGUAAAGACUUAAUGAUAUCAAACUUAUUGUUCUUAUUCUGAAGUAAUAAUAAUUGUAAUGUAUUUUCGUACUAUUGAGUAUUAUACAGCGAUAAAUCAUUCACAACAAUGUCAUUACAUAACUCGGUUCAUCAUUUGAGGUAAAUUGACGAGGGCUCAAAAGGACAUAAUUUCUUCCGUCCACUCUGCUGUUGGUGUGUUGAUUGUCAUAUUUAAUCAGGUUCAAAAUUGAGCAUAUUUGAAAUGUGGCCUCUUUGAAUGACAGGUGACUGUGGUCUCUCAUGUGGAGCUGAUAGCUGUCUUCUCUGCUACGAAACCUAGCCUCCAGCUUCACUGCCGAUCCACAGCGUUACCUAUUUUUAGAUUUAAUUUGUGUCGUUAUGGCUCUUCAGGAACCUCUGGGUGAGGUCACAUCCAUAUUUUCUAAAGUGUAAAGUGCUCAUAUAUGGAACUUGUAGGAGUUUCCCUACAGGUGUUUGCAUCCUCCUGUGCAUCUUUUAGGGAUGCGGUCCAUGCCUGUUUUAGGCUCUGUUUGGUCAGUUUGCAUUGUUUUGAAGUAAGACCUCUGGUUUGUUCAUGAUCAUUCUGUCCAAAAGCAGAUCAGCAAGAAAAAGUCAGGAUUGAUGAAAAUGACCCUUCUUGAACUGUGUCUGAAUGGAGAAAUAUGGGCGGGAUGAAGAUCAGAAGGUGUAAGACAUGCAUGUCAGUGACGAUCUGUCAUUAAUGUUAUUUUCUCCUGCUAUCACCAUUUUUUCCAUUAUCAUAUUUUACAUUUCUGAAAAUGAAAUGUCUUUGUGUGAAGCAGUACUUUUAGACUUUAUACACAUCCUGGGGUUUUGUGGUUCAUUUUAUAAUGUUACUUUCCGUGUACUGAGAUGUCUUAAUUUACUUUCAUGGUUUACAGUGUUGGCAACUGGUAGAACAGCAGUGAUUGUACUGAGCUACAAGAAAGAAAAUGAUUAUUCACAGACUGCGUACAAGUAAAUGGAUUUGUCCCUGUUGGUAUCUUCUUGGAUUAUAUUGGAUUUAGUCACCCAAGCACAAUGUGAUACUAUUAUUUGUUUUUAACUAAAAAUAAAGAUGAUCCACUUCACAUAAACGUUA